GGACAAGCGCCAAGUCAGUCUAGAAACCUGGGGAACCUCGUCACAAGGGCGGGAAAAAAUGACGACAGAAACUCGUGCUCUUGCCCAAUCCCUGCUGCCCCUGCCCACUGCCCCCUGGGCAUUGGCCUGGACCUAACCAAGCAAAUGACAAAGAAAGCUCGGAACCAGAUGCAUCAAAACGGGACAGCUGACCAGCCAAACUUUUUCCGCUGUUUGUGGCCCAGCCCCAGGCGACACGGCGGACGCCGACAUUGGACGCUGCCGCCUACCUGUGUGCACUGCACGGGGUCAAUGCGGAUCCUACAUCACUGAUCAAUGCCACUUGGCGCGCUCGAGAUGAUUGGCAAAAAACAUGUCGUGUCAUGUGUCUAUGGCUUGGACCUCGUGGCAAGUCUGCGCACAGCAGGCCAAUCCGAUUUUUCGAUGCAGCGCGGCAGCCUGCUAUUAUGUCC